GUCGCGGCGGCGCGGUGCACCUUGGGAUAGGGAGCGAUCUCCGAGCGAGGCAGCAAGAUGGACGCGGGAUUCUUCCGCGGAACAAGUGCCGAACAGGAUAAUCGGUUCAGCAACAAACAGAAGAAGCUACUGAAGCAGCUGAAAUUUGCAGAAUGCCUAGAAAAAAAGGUGGAUAUGAGCAAAGUAAAUUUGGAGGUUAUAAAGCCUUGGAUAACAAAACGAGUAACGGAAAUCCUUGGGUUUGAAGAUGAUGUUGUGAUUGAAUUUAUAUUCAACCAGCUGGAAGUGAAGAAUCCAGACUCCAAAAUGAUGCAAAUCAACCUGACUGGGUUUUUGAAUGGAAAAAAUGCUAGAGAAUUUAUGGGAGAACUGUGGCCCCUGCUCUUAAGUGCACAAGAAAACAUCGCUGGAAUCCCUUCUGCUUUCCUAGAACUGAAGAAAGAAGAAAUAAAACAGAGACAGAUUGAGCAAGAAAAGUUGGCAUCUAUGAAAAAGCAAGACGAAGACAAAGAUAAGAGGGAUAAGGAAGAAAAAGAGAGCAGCAGAGAAAAAAGGGAGCGGUCGCGAAGCCCACGGAGACGCAAAUCCAGAUCUCCUUCCCCUAGAAGACGAUCUUCCCCUGUCAGGAGAGAGAGAAAGCGCAGUCAUUCUCGAUCUCCCCGUCACAGAACCAAGAGCCGGAGUCCUUCCCCUGCUCCGGAAAAGAAAGAGAAAACUCCAGAGCUCCCAGAACCAUCAGCAAAAGUAAAAGAACCUUCAGUACAAGAGGCCACUUCUACUAGUGACAUCCUAAAAGUUCCCAAGCCUGAACCUGCACCAGAGCCUAAAGAACCCUCUCCGGAGAAAAAUUCCAAAAAAGAAAAGGAGAAGGAGAAGACCCGACAAAGAUCUCGGUCACGUUCCAAAUCCAGAUCCCGGACACGGUCUCGCUCUCCUUCUCAUACUCGACCUAGACGGCGCCAUAGAUCCAGAUCAAGAUCAUACUCACCUAGAAGGCGGCCAAGCCCAAGAAGACGGCCAUCUCCUCGAAGAAGAACUCCACCAAGACGAAUGCCUCCUCCACCAAGGCAUAGAAGGAGUAGAUCUCCAGUGAGGCGAAGGAGGCGUUCAUCAGCAUCCUUGUCUGGGAGUAGCUCAUCUUCCUCUUCGUCUCGUUCCCGGUCACCUCCAAAGAAGCCUCCUAAGAGGACAUCCAGCCCCCCUCGAAAAAUGCGUAGGCUGUCUCCGUCAGCAAGUCCUCCAAGGCGAAGGCAUAGGCCAUCACCUCCAGCAACUCCUCCACCAAAAACUCGUCAUUCCCCAACACCCCAGCAGUCAAACCGGACAAGAAAAAGUCGUGUUUCUGUCUCUCCAGGGAGAACUUCAGUGACAAAACAUAAAGGUACUGAGAAAAGAGAGUCUCCUUCACCAGCACCCAAGCCUAGAAAAGUAGAGUUAUCUGAAUCAGAAGAAGAUAAAGGUGGCAAAAUGGCUGCAGCAGAUUCUGUGCAGCAGAGACGCCAAUACAGACGACAGAACCAGCAGUCAUCAUCUGAUUCUGGCUCCUCCUCUUCCUCAGAAGAUGAGCGACCCAAGAGGUCCCAUGUGAAGAAUGGUGAGGUAGGCAGGCGGCGGAGACAUUCCCCUUCCCGGAGUGCCUCUCCAUCACCUCGAAAGCGCCAGAAAGAGACUUCCCCUCGGAUGCAGAUGGGAAAGCGAUGGCAAUCGCCAGUGACUAAAAGUGCUCGACGGAGGAGAAGUCCCACCCCACCACCCACUAGAAGGCGACGGUCUCCCUCUCCUGCUCCUCCACCUCGACGGCGUAGGUCUCCCACACCACCACCACGGCGAAGGACUCCUUCUCCUCCUCCACGGCGGCGCUCACCUUCCCCAAGAAGAUACUCGCCUCCGAUACAGAGAAGAUACUCUCCUUCCCCACCUCCGAAGAGAAGAACGGCUUCUCCCCCGCCGCCCCCUAAACGAAGGGCAUCGCCAUCUCCACCACCAAAGCGUCGUAUUUCCCAUUCCCCACCUCCCAAACAAAGAAGCUCCCCGGCCACCAAGAGACGUUCACCUUCAUUGUCAUCAAAGCAUAGGAAAGGGUCUUCCCCCGGCCGAUCUACUCGGGAGGCCCGGUCACCACAACCAAACAAACGGCAUUCGCCCUCACCACGGCCUCGAGCCCCUCAGACCUCCUCAAGCCCUCCACCCGUGCGAAGAGGAGCAUCCUCAUCACCCCAAAGAAGGCAGUCCCCAUCUCCAAGUACUAGGCCCAUUAGGAGAGUCUCCAGGACUCCGGAACCCAAAAAAACAAAAAAACCUGCCUCACCAAGCCCUCAGUCUGUAAGGAGAGUCUCAUCCUCCCGAUCUGUCUCAGGAUCUCCUGAGCCAGCAGCUAAAAAACCCCCAGCACCUCCAUCUCCUGUCCAGUCUCAGUCACCCUCUACCAACUGGUCUCCAGCAGUACCGGUCAAAAAGGCUAAAAGCCCAACACCAAGCCCAUCACCUGCGAGGAAUUCGGAUCAAGAAGGGGGUGGGAAGAAGAAAAAGAAAAAGAAGGACAAGAAACACAAGAAGGAGAAGAAGCACAAGAAACACAAGAAACACAAGAAGGAGAAGGCUGCUGCGGCCGCAGGUGCUGCGCCUGGAGCCCCCGCGGGGCCGGAGCCCAGGAAGGAGACUGAAAGUGAAGCUGAAGAUAACCUCGACGACUUAGAAAAGCACCUGCGCGAAAAGGCCCUGAGGUCAAUGAGAAAGGCUCAAGUGUCCCCACAGUCUUAGGUGGAAAUGUUUGUUAUGAUGUAAAUUUUAUUUGGUUUGUACUCAAUUCAAUUUCAAAAAUGCUAAAAUGUGUUUGAGCUUUAGACUAUAACAUUUGUUGUAAUAAUUGCUAGGUUGAAGUUCGCCAUGUAAAAAAAGGGCAUGGAUCUACAUUGCAAAAGGUGUCCACAGUGUAUUAGUGACAUUCUUUUAUUAUUGACCGCUGACAUAAAUUCAUUUAGAGUGAAAUAUUUUAAGCCAAAAAGAAGUUCCCUUUUUAAAAAAGGGGCUUUGAGUAUUGCUGGCAUUUUUAUGGU